AUGAUUCCACUCGCAGUCGCCAUAACACUCAUCGUCCUCAACACCCAAACGCGUUUCCUCGGGACCAAUAGCCAGUGGUCCAACCUACUUCAAUUCCUCGCCAAGUUCCACGAGGUCCUGAUGCAAAUCUCGAUCGCGACGGCGAUGGUCACCUACCAACAAUACCUGCUCACUCAGCCUACCUCGGCGGUGCCAUUUGGCGCCAUCUUCUCUGCAUACUACACCACCCAGGUGGGAUAUUUAUGGUCUCCCGAAUUCCGCGCCAGUUUGACGGCCCUCCGGUUCCCGUUGCUUCUAAAGACGGGGUUUGUACUUUUUGUUUCUGCAAGUAUCUUACUUGCUUCCGCGGUUGGGCCUGCGAGCGCUAUUGCAAUGUUGCCCAGAGCCGUCAAUUUCACCCUGCCCGACUACCAAUUAGCGUUUAAUCGCAGCUACAGUGAUGUCUUUCCGACGGCCUUUACCCAUCCUGGCCCGCGUUUGGAUGGCAGAAUUUUCACCCAAAAUGAACAAUCCCCUGCCAUUGGUUGGGAAUAUCUCAGAGGUCUUCCAAGCGUGGGACAAGAUCAGCCUACGAUGGUCGGGAUGCAGCAAGAGUCUAAAGAUUUGGGGGAUGGUAGCCGAGUAGCUUUCGAAGUGAUGCCACCGCUCUACUCAGUCGGGCUUUUAACUGUGGUUCGGCGUACUCUAUCCAUCGCUGAGACGUUCACAAGAACAUUGUAUGUGCAAUACGCACCCAACGGAACAGUGGCGACGGUGCAACAUGUCCCAGUUGCGGCAGCUCUAUACAGGGCUGCAAGCCGCUCCCUCACAGUAGUGAAUGAUCGAGCGACAACCGGCAUGGCAAGCAUCAAAAUGGCCCAGCCAGUUGCGAGCACCAUUUGUACGCUGAAUGCGAUUGUGAACGAGAAUGACACCCAACCCAUCCAAUUCCCGAUAUCCUAUCUGACCGACAAUGCCACACGAGUGGAAACCACACCAUAUACUAUGAUCACCCGACGACAACUCUGGGACACAACUCGGAAACAGGAGCAGGGGCAGAUCAUCUGGGUGGACGAUGUUCCUUUUUCAACAGGACGAAUGCUAGGAGCCAUCGUCGUGCAGCCGGAUCUCUGUGACAACGGCCAGAAAUAUCUCAGUGUGUCCGCCUGUGCAGUGAGCGGGUUAUGGGCCAACGCAACCUCGCAAAUGACAGUUACCACCAACGAGACGACGACGAUUUUCGACAGUCGAGCAGAAACCUGUCUCACGCGGGAUUUUCUCAACACACUCCCCGCGUGGCCGUCGUAUGCAGUCUCCUUGUCAAAAGAUUGGGCGAGCAGCAUCACUUCCCAGAUCGGUAAUCAGAAUCGAACCAUAGCGGACAAUCUCUUACGGUCUCUCCUAUUGACGGAGAAUGUGUGCCCAGCAAACGGCAGCUACCCGCUGAGCGAAACCACCAUGGUGGCUCCUGCAUAUCGGCCUAUGAUGCACGAAGCGUUGAUCUCCUCUUUAGUGGCGAAUGGCAUGUCCCACGCAGCUGGUGCCUUCCAGAUGUCGAGAAAUAACCUCCACAAUGGUAACUUCCUAUGGACAAAUCCCCGAACCCAGAGUGAUGAUCUGGUGAAGCCCCCCGGUUUGGUCCUGACAUUCCAGCGUCAUGUUCUGGGCUAUGCGUGGAAUAUGGAUGGGACGGCGAUCAAGAUCGCUGUCCCGAUUCUUAUGUUAUACUGUCUAUAUGCAGUGACCUACGUUAUAUACACCUUUAUCACGGGCCAUAGCUCGCAUGCCUGGGACACAAUAUCCAGUAUCACGGCUCUAGCAUUCAAUUCAAAGCCGACGAAGGUGCUGGAGAACACGAGUGUGCGGAUUUCAAAGACAGAAACCUUCCGAAACCUAGUCAGUGUUCGGGAAGUCGAGUCAGAGGGGCAGCUGGAGUUGGUCUUUCAACAGGAUGAACCGGGUCGGGGCCCGGUGCGGCGGGUUAAGGCUGGUAGACUGUACUGA